UCUGGUUUGUCUCUCUGAGGAUGGAAACUCUGGAAGAAGCUGAGUUCUGCUUUCCUCAUGUCAACAACUCCUGCAGAAGGUCGAGUCGUCUUCAGCUGGAAGCAUCGUUCAUCUAUGUCCUGCUGUCCUGCAUCUCUGUGCUCACCGUGGCCCUCAACCUGCUGGUCAUCAUCUCCAUCUCACACUUCAGGCAGCUCCACACUCCCACCAACCUCCUCCUGCUGUCUCUGGCCAUCUCAGACCUCCUGGUGGGUCUCCUUCAGAUGCCGGUGGAGAUCCUCGUCCUCGCAAACUGCUGGCUUCUGGGAGACGUGGCAUGUGUUGCCGCCAUAUUUCUAGCUUUCCUCCUGAUCAGUGCUUCUGUGGGGAACAUGGUGCUGAUAUCGGUGGACCGCUACGUGGCCGUCUGUGAGCCCAUGUUCUACUCCAGCAGGAUCAGUGUGAGGAGGGUUCAGCUGAGUGUUUGUCUCUGCUGGGUUUUGUCGGCCGUCCACAGCGGCUGGUUGUUGAGGGAUAAACUCACAGAGCCGAGCAGGUUUCAUUCCUGCCGUGGGGAGUGUCUGGUUGUUGUGAAUUAUGCUGACGGAGUGGUGGACCUUGUUGUGACCUUUUUCGGGCCCUUUCUGGUCAUCGUGGUUUUGUACAUGAGGGUGUUUGUGGUUGCCGUGUCUCAGGCUCGGGCCGUCCGACGACACGCCGUCGCUCUGCAGCGUUCAGGGACGACGACAGCAAAGAAAUCAGAGCUGAAAGCAGCCAGGACGCUGGGCGUGGUCCUGCUCGUCUUCCUGCUCUGCUCCUGUCCUUAUUACUGCUUCAGUGUGGCAGCUGAACACAACGUUCUGGCAGCAGAAACUGUGGUCGUUCAGGUUUGGCUGAUCUAUCUGAACUCAUGUUUGAACCCAGUCAUUUACGCCUUUUUCUACCCCUGGUUCAGGAAAUCUGUCCGGCACAUUGUCACGCUGAGAAUCCUGCAGCCGGACUCCUGUGAGGCAAACAUGCUGCAAAGAGACUGAAACUAUCACACAGAAAUCUGUCUGAUUCCACACCAGACACAAAGUCUUCUCUUUCAAAAAAUCUGAAUGUUGUUGAAAAACCUGCAAGUCUGGUUUUUUUGUUGUUGGCAUCAAAACCCUUUUUCAUUUCCUGAUUUAUCUGGAUGGGACAGUGCAUAUUAAUGACUCUCGGAUUUAACACAAAGAUCAUUUCCAUCCUGUUAUAAAUUCUAAUAAUGUUAUGAUCAAAUGGUCUUUAUGAUUUGAUACUACAGUAUAACUGUGUGGCUGUGAACUCAUAUAACCCAAUGAUUAACUCUGGCCAUGAAAACAUAACUGCUCAGGAAGUGAUGAUACCAGUGCGACUUGUUUGUGUGCCUGUAGAAAAGCUGAAGUGUUUCUUUAUAGUCAGUCACUCGUUCAGACUGUGUUCUGUUCAGGUUGAUUCCUUGUUCCAGUAAAACUUUGCUUGGACCUGAGAGAAAUCAGGACUCCACUGCAGAGUUUCCCGACUCGUCCGUUGUACCGAAUAUAACAGAAAAACACACAGACGGAUAAAAACAAUACAGUAAAACAAAGACAGGGACGAUAAAUGAAUUCUGGCUCCAUUAAACCGACCCUGAAGUGCUUCUAGUUAAUAUAUCUGUUCUUAAAGUGCCUGAUUUUCUGAAUGUUCACCAGUUUGACUGUUAAUCAGCCUUGUCUUAUUCUGUCUCUUUAUGUAUCUUUCUGUGAUAACUGUAGGUAAAGUAUUCCAGUUCCACCAACAUUUAACCUUCGUGUCGUCCUGCAGGUCAAAAUUGACCCGUUUUAAAGUUUGAAAAUGUGGAAAAAAAAAAAAAAAUUUCACAGUGAAACUUCUGAUGUCCACAUUCUCAACGUUUUUGGGAAAUCUUUGAAAAUUUUUUGGUGGGAAAAAAAGAAAUGUGAAAAAUGUUUCUUAAGAACAUUCACCAAAAAAAAUCAACCAAAAUCCAGCGAAUUUCACUGGAUUUUUGGUUGAUUUUUAUGUAAAUGUUCUUAAAGAAAAUAUUAGAAGUUUUACUGAUAUAAAUGUAACCACUUUAGAUAUUUUAGGGUUUUUUUGGAAGAUUUUUCUUGCAAAAUGGGGGAUUUAAAAAAAAUAAAAGUUUAAAGGGAAACUUUAAAGGAAUUAUUAGAAUUUUCUUCCUGAAGGUUUCGCAAAUUUUGAGAAAUUUGGGGAAUUUAUUUUCUGAAGUUUUGGAUUUUUACAGACAAAGUAACGAUAUUUUUUGGUGCCUGUAAAUGAGGACAACAUGAGAGUUAAAAGAUAAUGUGGGCAAAGGAGGACUUUCAUGUUGAUGAUCAGAAAGACGUCCACCGCUGGUAUCUGCUGUCCAUAAUUUAAUAAAAGAAAUGAGUCUCUGUGUACAGUUCUGUGCUGCGGUAAGAGUGUAUUUAAAACAUGAAUAAAGGUACAUUCUGCUCUUU